GAAGUGACGCAUUCAGGGUAACAUUCGGAAGUUGCUAUGUGCAGGAUGUGUGCUAGUUCAAACUCGUUUGUUUUAUACAGUCUUUGGGUAUGACUAGCUAAUGUUUUAGAUUGUUUUUAGUACGUUUGGUGUAAUAUUUUGCAGUACUUCUUCGCCAUGUUUUAACAGUUUGACCGGUGACAAGCUGUGGUGGUAAAUCGAGUACUCCAGCAGCACGUUUCUGGUUUGUGGACAUGGCUGUAGACUGGAUUGGGUUCAGCUAUGCUGUUCUGGUGUCAGCAGGAGGAAUCACAGGUUAUGUGAAAGCAGGCAGCGUCACCUCUCUGGCCGCAGGGCUCCUGUUUGGCCUGCUGGCUGCAGUCGGUGCUUAUCUGGCAUCUCAAAAUCCCACGAAUGUCUGGCUUUCACUAGGAAAUGCAGGCACCUCGGGAGCUCUGGCUGUGGUGAUGGGGCUGAGAUUUCUCAACUCCUGGAAGUUCAUGCCAGCUGGUUUAAUGACUUUAGCAAGUGGACUGAUGCUGGUGAAGAUCAUCAUUGGAAUGCGAAAGAAACCACGUAAAUCUUGAAAUGAUCUAAAAUACACCUUUUCUGUGUGUCUGUACGUGCCUGUAUGUUUGACAUUUAAUUUGUGCUCCCACAGACUGUACAUUCACAAACAUUACCUCUGUGUGGUUUUCUAUUACAGUCUGGUUCUGUAUAAAAUGUCAUUUUAGAGAAAAGGGUCACUGGCCAGCAAAACUGAUACAAGAAAAAUCAAAAAAAAAAAGUUCUGUCUAUCUUUGAAAGCAAUUUUUAUAAAGUUAGGUGAUGCUUGUAGUUUGUAAAUGUAUAUCUGCACUGUAUAUGCUGCUGUGAAAUAAUACAUGCACCCACUUUAAUAAAAAAAUAACUACUUUA